AUGAUGGUUUCAAAACCAGAACAGUGGAUAGCGCCUAUGGCUGAUGCUGGGAUAAACCAGUACACAUUUCACAUUGAACCUGUUACUAAUGUAGAUGAAGUUUGUAGAAAAGUUAAAGAACAUGGAAUGAAGGUUGGUGUAGCUAUUAAACCUGGUACUCCAGUAGAGGAGGUAGAAAAAUACAUUUCUAUUGCAGACAUGGUGCUGAUAAUGACUGUGGAACCUGGAUUUGGUGGUCAAAAGUUUAUGGAAGAUCAGAUGUCUAAGGUUAAAUAUUUAAGGGAACAUUAUCCUUUACUAGAUAUUGAAGUAGAUGGUGGAGUUGGACCAUCAACAAUAGAUUGCUGUGCUAGUGCUGGAGCAAACAUGAUUGUCUCAGGAACAGCUGUAAUAAGGGCUCAGGAUCAGGCAGCUACAAUAAACUUACUGAGAGAUACAGUGCAAAGGGCUAUAAAUAAAAAA